AUGGCAAGUUUGGAAUACUGUGAAGCAGCCGCAACAGAUGGGAGAUCUUAUUCAUGGGAAAACCUGCACAACUGUAUACGAUGCCCCUAUUUUACAACAUCUCUUUUUCUCAUAACGAACCACGUAAGACGACACCAUUCCUCUGUGGAAAAAUUAACUUGCGACAACGCCAAAAUUGAAGCGUAUUACUGCAAAGACUGCGAUUUUAAAACGGAACUAACAGUUUUAUUCAAACAACACCUUGAUAAAUAUCAUGGCCUUAAAAUGUCUACACACGAUUUAUCAAGUGAGGACUUCUGCAUACAAAACUACGUUUGCGAAAAAUGCGAAUUUGAAACAAAUUUCUCGUUAAAGUGGCUUCAGCAUACUUCAACAUGCACCGGAAACAAAGAAAAUCUUCAAAGUGUGAGUUUUCUGAAACAAAAUGCUACAUACAGUUCUAAUUUCAAUCAAAUUGGCGAAAUACCUUGGUACUACUGCACGGAAUGUUCCUACAAAACUAAAUUCAAAUAUAACUUAAACCGUCAUACCAAAAAUCACGAUUUGAAGAAACGGUGUACAGGCAACAAUUCUCUAGUUUUAAAAAACCACUUGGAUGAACAAAUUGUUGGAUGGCACAAGUGUGAAAAAUGUCCAUUUAAAACUGCAACAAAAAGUAAUUUAAUCAGGCAUACAAAUACCUUACACUUGAACGACGAAGACAUUAAAUGGUACCAAUGCAAUGAGUGUCCUUUCAAAACAAAGUAUCAAACAAAUUUAAAGAUCCAUGUAACUGCAAAACAUGUAGAGGACGAAAAAAAUAAGUGGUACGAAUGCGAAAAUUGUCCAUACAGAAGUAAACGAGAGUUGAAUUUGAAACGUCAUAUAAAUGUGCGACAUUUAGAUGAAGAAAGUGUUAGAUGGUAUGAAUGUGCGGAGUGUUCAUACAAAAGUAAAACGAAAUUUCAGUUAACGAAUCAUAUAAACAACCACCAUUUGGAUGACUCUGAAGCUAAAUGGUACAACUGCGAACACUGUUCUUACAAAACUAAAAUUAGACAGUCUUUGUACAAACACAGAAAAAAACAUAUGUCGAAUUUAGUUGAUGUUUAA